UUUUAAGACAAUUAAAAGAGACAAAACUGUUUCUUAAGAAGCUGACAGUUAGCAAAAGAGUUUUGGUCUGUCGUGUAUCGCAAACCCUAGGUCAUGUCUGGUAUGUACAAUCAAGACGGCGGCGGAGGUGCGCCUAUCCCGUCCUACGGAGGAGGUGGAGGUUAUGGCGGCGGUGAUGCUGGAUAUGGAGGACGCGGUUCCUCCGGCGGAGGUGGAUACGGCGGACGCGGUGGUUACAGCGGCGGAGGCGGAAGAGGCAAUCGAGGCGGCGGCGGUGGAUAUCAAGGAGGUGAUCGCGGUGGUAGAGGAGGUGGUGGUGGCGGCAGAGAUGGUGAUUGGCGUUGCCCUAACCCUAGCUGUGGGAACGUGAACUUUGCAAGAAGAGUUGAAUGUAACAAGUGUGGUGCACCUGCUCCAUCUGGUACUGGUGACCGGGGAGGUGGUGGGUAUAGCCGAGGUGGAGGUGGUCGUGAUAGUGGUAGGAGCUAUGAGAGUAGUAGAUAUGAUGGUGGCAGUAGGAGCAGUGGUGGUGGUGGCUCUUAUGGUAGUUACAAUCAACAUAGAGAUAGGGAUAAUGGUUCUUAUGGUCAGGGUCCUACACCUCCUCCCUUGGCACCUAUUCCAUCUUAUGAUGGUUCUGGGAGUUACCCUCCACCACCUUCCGGGUAUGGUAUGGAAGCAGUUCCCCCUCCUUCAAGCUAUGCUGGUGGACCCCCAUCAUAUGGUGGUCCCACAAGGGGUUAUGGUGGUAGAGGUGGUGGCUACGAUGGUGGUAGCGCUCCUCGAGGCCAGGAAGCUAGUGAUGGAGGAGAUGCAGCCGCUGAAAAAGUCAAGCAGUGUGAUGAAAAUUGUGAUGAGACUUGUGAUAAUGCCAGAAUAUACAUCUCUAAUUUACCCCCGGAUGUGACUGUUGAUGAACUCAAGGAUCUCUUUGGUGGCAUUGGCCAAGUUGGAAGAAUCAAGCAGAAGCGGGGUUACAAAGAUCAGUGGCCUUAUAACAUCAAGAUUUACACUGAUGACAAGGGAAAAAAUAAAGGUGACGCCUGCUUAGCGUAUGAAGAUCCUAGCGCCGCACACUCUGCAGGCGGCUUUUUCAACAAUUAUGAAAUGAGGGGGAACAAGAUUGGUGUAACGAUGGCAGAGAAGUCUGCGCCCAAAGCUCCUGCUUUUGAUCAGAGAGGCGGUGGUAGAGGAGGAGGAGGAGGAGGAGGUGGCUAUGGUGGGGGAGACAGAAGAAGGGAUAACUAUGGGUCAGGACCAGACAGAAACCACCAUGGGGGAAACAGGUCUCGUCCAUAUUGAGAGAAAGAGAAGAAUCAAUGAAGCAGAUGUUAUUUGUUCUAAGAGUUGUGUGUUCUAUGAAUUAUCAAUAUAUUGGAGAUACCAAACAAAAAUGUAGCUGGACAUGUCUGAUACCUCCUCUAUUUUUUCUUAGGUAGGGUUCACUCGAAAUAUCUAUCAUUUGUUGGAGAAUAUUAUUGUGUGAAUAUGUAAGAGAUACAAAAAUAUCAAACCAGUUUCGGA